AUGGAGCCACCACCUCUGCCUGCCUCGCGCCGAGUGCAGCGAUCUCCCGCACCGGCGCCUCCUUCCUCGCCGCCGCCUCUCCCACUACCGCAGCAGCGACCGUCAUCGUCUGCGAGCAGCCUGCGGCCUUCGUCGAGUGACAGCGAGGCCUCCUCCACCAGCGGCAUCUCCGUCGUGAAACGUUCACCCUACAACGCCCAACUUCCUUCCUUCACCUCUCAUACCAGGGCGAGUCCUAAUCCUGGAACCACAGGACACACUCGUCCUUCCGCGCAGUACAUGCCACAUGAUGGACCACGAAAGAACCUAGGAGGACCCCCACCAGAACACCUGCAGAAGCACAGACCACGGCAGCACUCUCAAGGCUACUUCGAGCCAUCAAUGCCCUCUGCUUCUCUCGCAAGUCAGUCGAACCUGGCUGAAGCCACCAUGCCGACUCUGACGCCGUCUCAAAUCGCUGCUCAGGCUGCCUUUUCACAUAUGAACCUGAAUGUGCCCGGCUCGAAUCAGAAUCGAAGGCGAUCCCAAACAGUCCCAGUCCCGGAUGGACAGGUGCCCGGCGAUGGUAGAAGAGACAGUAGGGGAUCAGCCACCUCUUCGCAAGAAGAUAUCUCGCCGCCUGAGAAACCACAGUACCGCAAUGGCCUGAUUGGCAACAAUGCUGCAACAACCGCCGCCAGUGCAGCCUUCCCGCGCCUGACUCCGAGCCAGAUCAGUCAAGCUGAAGAGAAGGAGUCCAAGAGCAGAUUCAAAAAGUUCAAGCCCAAGAAUAUGACUCUGUCGCGAGACAAGGACAAGGAAGCGAAAGAGAAGCCUAUGCCGUCGCCCAACAAGCUUGCUCCUAGCGGUCUGUCAAAAGUCAUCAAUGCUUCCACCGCCAGCUUAGCAGACUCUCUGUCGUCUAACAACUCAUCGCUGUAUCAGCUCGCUGCAAAUCCUUCGCAGACCACAAUCAUCCCGAUCCCCGACAAACACAAACAUCACGGACUGCGGCAGAAACUGAAGCUGAAAGACAAGGACGACCACCAUGCACUUCCAUUAUCUUCCCAACAUUCCAACUCGCAACCAGUCGAUAUCGAGAACCCCAAAUCGCUCUACUCUUUUGCACCAUCCUCACCAGGGCCAAGCUCUGGCUUCUCCAAAUCCGUUUCAGGUCUCGAUCUGAGACAUGGCGGACGCGCACUUCGUGAGAAGAAGAAAGAGGAAAAGGCCCAAGCAAAAGCUCAAGCUCGAGAAGACGCAUUGCAUCCUAUACAGUCCAGAGACAGCGACUUGUCAGAAUGGCCAUCUUUGGGACCCAGUACUACCAAUUUGUCCGGAUCGUGGACACCAUACUCUACUGACUUCGGUCAGACCUUGGCGAGCUUCGGCCUCAACAACAUGACACCAGACGAUGCGUGGGACUUCCUGAAGGCGAAGCUUUUGAACGUCUUCGAGGGUGAGCAUGUCAAGAUUGCGGUCGAGGAUCUCAACAAGCUUGUGGGGAUCUACUUACAGCGAUGUGUCCAAAGAAUGGAUCCAAGCAUCGUCGUCGGCGAUCUCGAAGAUCUUUUACGCACUGGAUUCGCCAGCCUGAACCACACUCUGCGCAACAUCCGCGACGAUCAGCUGGUACCUCUUCUCGUCAGCAUGUGGAUUACCGUCUUCACGGACAUCCUCCCAUACAUGCAGGCCGUCCUUUUGCCUCUCGACCAAGAGUUCAAAGGUCGCGGAACCGUUCUCACCACACCCGCCAAGCGCCGAGUUCUGGGGCAUGAUCCCAAACUCUGA